UUCCAAAGCACUUUCCCUCCAGGUGCUUGUAGGUGACUGAGAUAUGGUCGAAUCUAGACCAAGUCACAAAAUCACUGAUAUCCACUGUGCGGACGUAUCCACUAGAUGCCACUGCCAAGUUAAAGAGAGCUGAAUCCUAAUCGUGAGGUUUUGAGGGGAGAUGUGUGACUUUCUCAGAGAGAUUAAAUGUAGCAUUAAACAUCCUCUGUAAUAAACCGUAAUUUUCUUGGGAUUGGACAGGAAGGGCAACAAGCCCUGGAGAUAUCUUUCCUCCAGGGUUGUCACCUUGGAUGCUGGAUCUGUCACAGAAAAGGAAAAGUCUCCUGGCCUAUGGACUUCAGGACACAAACAGUUGUAUCUUGUGCUUCUCACAGCACAACCUAGCGCUAUAAUGCACCGAUGGCAUCUUUGUUGAAUGCAUGCUCCUGUACAUGAACCGCCUAAGAGGGAUGAUAGCGUGAGCUGAGCCAUAACUUGGAGAGAGCUUCGAAAGAGAAAGGCAUUCUCUUCUCCUCUGCUCUGCAUCAGGAGUUGUUCUCUAGGCUGAUUUUCAGGUCAGGAGUGAAAAAAGAGGUGUGAAAGAUAAAGCUUGCCAAAAAGGUCUUUUACUUGAUGUAUACUAUGACUUAGUGUUCACAUUGGGUUAGGGUUAUUAUUUCAAUUUCUCUUAAAAAAUUGACACAACUAAGGCUCAGAGAAGUUAAGUGUUUUAUCUGAGGUCACACAGCAAGCAUGUGCCUGGGCUCAGGUCUCUCUGAGCCUGAGCCCUUGCUUAUGCUUCCUCCCCUGCACAUUCUGGGAUAAUCUCUCUCUCUCUCUCUCAACUCCCAGAGACCAGACUCUGACAGGAUCCUGAGGGAUUCCUGCCAGGGAGUUGCCAUCUCUGGAAGCCCCCACCCCCAUGCCGGGCGAAUCUUUUUUUCUGUGGAGUGCGGGCCUGGAGCUAGGUGAGGCCUGAGCCUCCAUUUCAGGGGCUUUCUGUAGAAUCUGUUGCUGCUGUUGCCUCCAGUAGAGUCUGUUUCAGGAAGAGGUUUGCCUGCCUGCGCGGGACAGCCGUGCCAUUCAUCACUGCAGGAGGGCAGAAUCCGGGGUUGGGGGCCGCACGUCGAGAGGGGAGGGGCCAGGGGGCGGCCCCCUUGUGACCAGCCCUGAGGAGAGGUCAGGAGAGAAGGCUGGCUGAGGAGCGCCUGGACAGCAGCAGUUGCUGACGUUCUAUAUCACGCGCCUGGGGCCCAAGGAUACAGGGAAAGAACGUCAGAGGAAGCUGCACCAAAGCGAGGCUGCGCAGGGCGCAAAAAAGCAGACAGAGGGUGGCGCCUUUUUUAAAGAAGUUUCCAUCCUUUCUGUCCUAAAGCUCAGGCCGUUCCCCACCCCCACCGCUCGCUAGCCUUCUGUUCCCAGUCCCCUGGCCCCUGCAUGAUCUGAGCGUCUUUAAAGCAGUCGCAGCUCGUUUCCAGACGCCUUGCUUCUCAGGUCGAGCAGUGAUCUGAUGGCCCAGGUUCCAGAAACUUCUUUGCCCUCCGGCUCUGGGGCCCGCUGGAUCUCCGGAGGUGGGGGAGGAGCCUCUCCUGAGGAGGCGGUUGAGAAGGCGGGGAAAAUGGAGGAGGCGGCGGCGGGGGCGACGAAGGCGUCUUCGGGACGGGAAGCUGAGGAGAUGAAGCUGGAGCCAUUACAGGAGCCUAAGCCCGUGCCGGAGGAGAACUUGACGUGGACCAGCGGCGGCGGCGACGAGAAGGUGCUCCCUUCAAUCCCCCUUCGCUGUCACAGCAGCUCCUCGCCCGUUUGCCCGCGCCGCAAGCCCCGCCCUCGGCCCCAGCCCCGGGCCCGCUCCCGCAGCCAGCCUGGGCUGUCGGCCCCACCCCCGCCUCCGGCCCGGCCCCCGCCCCCGCCGCCACCCCCGCCCCCAUCCGCACCGCGGCCCAGGGCCUGGCGUGGAUCCCGGCGCAGAUCCCGACCUGGGUCCAGGCCUCAGACACGGAGAAGCUGCUCUGGUGACCUAGACGGGUCGGGGGAUCCUGGCGGCUUAGGGGACUGGUUGCUGGAGGUCGACUUUGGUCAGGGCCCCACAGGCUGCUCUCAUGUGGAGAGCUUUAAAGUAGGUAAGAACUGGCAGAAGAACCUGAGGCUGAUCUACCAGCGUUUCGUUUGGAGUGGGACCCCAGAGACUAGGAAACGUAAAGCAAAGUCAUGCAUCUGUCAUGUAUGUAGUACCCAUAUGAAUAGACUCCACUCUUGUCUCUCCUGUGUCUUUUUUGGCUGCUUCACUGAGAAACAUAUUCACAAACAUGCAGAAGCAAAGCAGCACCAUUUAGCUGUAGACGUUUAUCAUGGGGUCAUAUAUUGCUUCAUGUGUAAGGAUUAUGUAUAUGACAAAGACAUAGAACAGAUUGCCAAAGAAACAAAAGAAAAAAUUUUGAGAUUAACUUCCACCUCAACAGAUGUUUCUCAUCAACAGUUUAUGACAUCAGGGACUGAAGACAAGCAAUCAACCUGUGAGACAAAGGAACAGGAGCCAAAAUUGGUGAAACCCAAGAAAAAGAGAAGAAAAAAGUCAGUCUAUACUGUAGGCCUGAGAGGGCUAAUCAAUCUUGGGAACACUUGUUUUAUGAAUUGUAUUGUCCAGGCACUUACCCAUAUUCCUCUACUGAAAGAUUUCUUCCUCUCUGACAAGCACAAAUGUAUAAUGACAAGCCCCAGCUUGUGUCUGGUCUGUGAAAUGUCUUCGCUUUUUCAUGCUAUGUACUCUGGGAGCCGAACUCCUCACAUUCCCUAUAAGUUACUGCAUCUGAUAUGGAUCCAUGCAGAACAUUUAGCAGGGUACAGGCAGCAGGAUGCCCAUGAGUUCCUUAUUGCAAUAUUAGAUGUGCUGCAUAGACACAGCAAAGAUGAUAGUGGUGUGCAGGAGGCCAAUAACCCCAACUGCUGUAACUGCAUCAUAGACCAAAUCUUUACAGGUGGCCUGCAAUCAGAUGUCACAUGUCAAGCCUGCCAUAGUGUUUCCACCACCAUAGACCCAUGCUGGGACAUCAGUUUGGACUUGCCUGGCUCUUGUGCCACAUUCGAUUCCCAGAACCCAGAGAGGGCUGAUGGCACAGUGAGCAGGGAUGACCACAUACCAGGAAUCCCCUCACUUACAGACUGCCUACAGUGGUUUACAAGGCCAGAGCACCUAGGAAGCAGUGCCAAAAUCAAAUGCAAUAGUUGCCAAAGCUACCAGGAGUCUACUAAACAGCUUACAAUGAAAAAAUUACCCAUUGUGGCUUGUUUUCAUCUCAAGCGGUUUGAGCAUGUAGGCAAACAGAGGCGAAAGAUUAAUACCUUUAUCUCCUUUCCCUUGGAGCUGGACAUGACUCCGUUUUUGGCCUCCACUAAAGAGAGCAGAAUGAAAGAAGGCCAGCCACCAGCAGAUUGUGUGCCCAAUGAGAAUAAGUAUUCCUUGUUUGCAGUGAUUAAUCACCAUGGAACUUUGGAAAGUGGCCACUAUACCAGCUUUAUCCGGCAACAAAAGGACCAGUGGUUCAGCUGUGAUGAUGCCAUCAUCACCAAGGCUACCAUUGAGGACUUACUUUACAGUGAAGGGUAUUUACUCUUCUAUCACAAACAGGGUCUAGAGAAAGACUAGUCUUACCAGACCACUUACUGAAAAAAAGUAAAUGAUUAGGCAAGGAUUUUGAAGUGACACACAGACCUACUUGGAAUGGACAAUGACAAUAACACCUAUAUGACAGCUAGUAUCUUGAUGUAAAGAACCUAUUUUAGCAUGGCCCAUGGGUCUGUAGGAAGAAAAAAAAUGAAUACUAACCAGUGACCAUUCAACCUUAAGAAAUGGGGAGAGGGAGAAGAGGUUCAAAAUGGUCACAUAAAGCAUAAUGAAAUGAAAAGAAUGCUUUAGGUGGGGACAAUGGGAGUAGAGGUGUUCUGAUGCUACUAUGUCAUUUGUUUCUACAGAAAUAUCUUGUGAAGUCAGGGAGUAUUCCUUUAUCAGCAAAAACUUCACAAUUGGUGUUCCAGCUGUGGCUGACCAGCCAAAUAGUU